AUGAUCCAUGAACAAGCCACCAGGACAAGACGACAAGCCCUGUUGCUCAUUGCUCGGCUGAAGGGUCAACUGGCAAGAAAGAAGGACUCAAUUAGCAGCUCAACGCAUCAAAGCCAGGCAAAUCAGCUGAAGCGUCUUGACAUCAAGCCAUUCCAUGGGAAACCGGAGGAAUGGAAGGAGUUCUGUGACCUUUUCUUGUCACUGGUGGGAAAUGUUACGUCAAUUCCACCAGUACAGAAAUUGGUGAGACUUAAGGGAUGCCUGAGAGAAGAGAACCUCAGCGCCAACGGAGCAGCAGCAUUGGAGACCCUAGAUCAAUUACAAGACGUGACGGGGCUGACGACAGACAACAUCGCUGAACAGCUGAUAGCCCAUCUACUGAGGAGAUCUCUUGAUGCAGAGACACUCAAGCAAUGGGAACUAAAGCUGGGAGACUCAAAGGAUUUCCCGAGGCUUAAGGAGUUCGUGGCGUUCAUCGAGGCCUGUGGCAGAGGGAUAAACGCAGGUGCCAAGCUGCUAUCAUCAAAGGAACUCAACGCAGCUACGAAGAAGUCAGCUCCUAUAAAGAAAAGGAGCACUUAUAAGGCAGCAACUCAACAGCAGGAAAUUAAGGAGCCAGAAAGACAACUUCCUAGGAACUGCUGUGCUUACUGUCAGGACAAGCAUUUUAUCGCAUCCUGUCAGAAGUUCAUCGAGCUCACCCCAGCGAAGAGAAACGACGUCGUUAUCAACAAGGGGCUGUGCUUCAACUGCUUGGGGCCACACACGAAGGCGAAGUGCACGUCGGAAAAGAAGUGCCACAAAUGUAGCAGAUAUCACCACACUCUCAUCCAUGGAGGGAGUUCAUGGACGAUGAGCCCGCCUCCAGCCAGACGCACUCAAGCUGAACCCGUCCAGACUGCUGGAACAUCCAGGCAGCAAGAAGAUCACGGGAACAGUGAUACAUCACCACCAGUAGCAGUGAACUUCAACAACAAAAUAAUCAAUGAGAAAGCAGAGAACAUCAACCACGAAACUCAUCAAGGAGAAGCAGAUCAACAGUCAGUGCUGUUGGCAACAGCACGAGUAAAAGUAAUAUCACCGAGAAGAUUCACGACAAAAGCCAGAGCACUCAUCGACCAGGGUUCAGAGUGGGACUCAUCAACUGCAACUCAACGCUCACAUUCUAAAGAAGCUCACCGCAAUAAUUCCGUCAUUGUCAUGCUCAUCAACGAGGAUCUUCAGCUAGCCGAUCCCCAUUAUCUCAGGCCUGGACCAAUCGACAUCAUACUAGGGGCUGACAACUAUGGGCGGAUCAUCAUGGAUGACGUUGUCAAGUCAGAGCAAUCGAGAGUAGUUGGCCAACGCACAGUAUUCGGUUGGAUAUUAUCCGGAUCAAUCGAAUGCACAAAUUGUUCAAUAAAGGUAUCUCUAUCAGCUGUACGAGAAUCUUCGAAUGAACAACUUCUAGAGCUUCUCCAGAAAUUUUGGGUCCAGGAAGAACUGCCAAACGAGAGAUCAUCAACAUCAGAGCUUUCACCAGAUGAGUACGAGUGCGAGAUGCACUUUAGAGCAACUCAUAGCAGAGACAACACCGGGCGAUACAUCGUGAAACUGCCCCUCAAAACUUCAGCAGCAGCGCUUGGAGAAUCGAAAUUCAAAGCAGCACGUCAACUCAAGUCGAUCGUGAGUCGACUCAACACAGAUCAAGCAUACUCCCAGUUGUACAGAGAGUUCAUCAACGAGUACGCAGCACUGGGGCACAUGAGAAUAGCACCAGAGACUCCAGAACCCGUGCCAGCUUACUAUCUACCACAUCACGGGGUACUGAGAGAGGAGGCCAUCACAACGAAGCUGAGAGUCGUAUUCAAUGGCUCCAGCCCCAGUUCAUCAGCAGAAGAUGAAGGGCACCGCUUCCCAGCAGCAGUAGAGACACUCACCAGAGGUCGUUACGUUGACGACAUUUAUGGCGGUGCAGAGACAGAAGCCGGUCUCAAGGAGAUCGCAACGCAACUACAAGGGCUUUGCCAUGCAGGAGGCUUCUCUCUACAGAAGUGGAGCAGCAAUUGUCCAGAGGCUCUGCAUNCGACAAUCACCAAGAGAGUAGUCUCUUCAGAAAUAGCCCAGAUUUUUGAUCCACUGGGAUUUAUCGCACCAGUUGUCGUCCAGGGAAAGAUUCUCCUACAAGAUCUUUGGAGAUUGAAACUAAAAUGGGAUGAUCCUCUUCCAGAUGAGUAUGUUCAACGCUGGAAGACAUUCCGAGAGAAUCUCAAUGACCUAGACAGAGUAACUGUACCUAGAUGGCUGAGAAUUUCAACAGAGACACUCAACAUCCAAAUUCAUGGAUUUGCAGGCGCUUCAACGGUAGCCAUGAGUGCAGUGGUGUAUAUUCGCACCAAAACCAUCAACGAAUCGACAUCAACAGUACUG